AUGAACGCUGUAAGCAUUGGGGAGUACCACGGGCUGCGGGUGGGCUCGGCCCUGCUCAGCAUUGUAGCCGGUUGCAUCAUCAUCGGUGUGUCCAAGGACUGUGACGCCGAUGCCGUGGGUGGCAUCUUCCUCGGCGCAGGAGGGCUCGGUCUCCUGAUCUCAGUGUACCCCUUCAUAAAGGCAUGGCUCAACUUCCAUCACAUUCUGCCCAAUAUAGGGAACUUCCGAGUGCAUCCGUUGCCUGCAAGCACAGCCCCUGAGCAGCCCCCAGAUGCACCCAGGCGAGAGGGGACUCAGGUUCAGCUGAACAUAGAGCACUCUAAGAGCCGUAUGGGUACGUUUACAGAGACGGCCACUGCUACAGCUGAGGACUCACAGGAAGAUGGGCCUUCUUCAGAUGUUCCAGAUAUCUUGGGUCAGCGCACACUUAAACCCUCAGCCUUGGAGCAGGACCUUCACUAA